CAUGAGCCUAGGUCAGUCCACGAGGCGCUGAACCGUCCCGAAUGGGUUGAGUCCAUGCAUGAGGAGCUUGAGUCUCACAAGGUAAAUGGAUCAUUUGAGCUGGUUGAUCCAGCAGUGGUACCACCUGGUUUGGAGGUCCUCAGGUGUCAAUGGGUUUGGAAAUACAAACAUAACCCUGAUGGUACCGUUGAGAGGCCUAAGUCCAGAUUGGUGGUGAUGGGAAACAUGCAGAAAUUGGGAGUACACUAUGAAGAAGUGUACUCUCCAGUUGGGAAGCAUGCGACCUUGAGAGGACUUGGGGCAGGUGAAGUACUACUUGGGAAUGCAAAUUGAGCGUGAUGAGAGUGGUAUCUUGAUUCAUCAAGAGAGGUACAUUCUUAACAUGCUUCAGUCCUUUGGUCUUUCAGAGGCCAACCCCGUGCGUACUCCUCUGCCGACAGGCUUUGAUGUGCAUGCCUAUGAGGAUGAACCUUUGCUGAGCUGGUCAAGCUCUACCAAAGCAUUGUGGGAUCCCUCAUGUAUGCUUGUACUACCACACAGCCGCAGAUUGCAUUCGCAGUCUCACAGCUAUCUAAGGUCGCCUCUUGUCCUAAAAUGUUCCACUUGCAGGCCGCUAAGAGAGUGCUGAGGUACCUGAAAGGUGGUGUCAAGUCAGGUAUCUUCUUCCAAACACAGCCCCAAUCUCAGGUCCAGCUGGUUGGCUUCAGUGAUGCCGACUAUGCUGGAGAUUCCGCAAGUCGCAAGAGUCACAGUGGAAUUUCGGAUUUAUAUUUUGAGUAAUUCUAGCUCCUAAGUUCACCUAGACUCCGUCCUUAAUCCUAACAAGUGGUAUCAGAGCAAUAUUAAGGACAUUGAGAGGAGUCUACAGAAGUGUGAAGACCCUUCUAGACCCACCAUGGCCUGUGGCUGCAUCAAGGACCUGUGGCAGCUGCCCAUCAUCCCAUGGAAUGGGAAGACUCCAACAGCAGCAACGGCAGCAGCGGCAAAGGCAACAGCAGGAAGAGAUGCAACUGCACCAACUGAUGGGGUCCUGGAAGCAGUCAAGAAAGUGCAGCAGCAGCAGACACAUGGCGAGAAGUUGGUGAAGGAUGGGAGCCUGAAGGGCUUGGAGGUGAAAGGGGGAGUGAAGGAGAUUGGGAGCUGCCCUACAUGCUUGGAGACCAAGUUCUCCAAGUUCCCCUUCAACAGCACUACAGGACCAGCCAAGACCCCACUUGCACUUGUGCACAUGGAUGUGGUGGGGCCCACAAGAGCGCCUUCCCUCUCAGGCAGCCGCUAUUUCUUGACAAUUGUGGAUGACCACACUCGGGCAGUGUGGGUUUACCCUUUGAAGAGCAAGGGGGAGGUGGCAGCGGCUGUCCUUAAGGAGUGGAUGCCUAGAGCUCAGAGGGAAUGCGGAUACAAGGUGAAGGUGAUCCGCAGUGACAAUGAUUCUUGAACUUUGAUUGAACCUUUGAGAUUGAGUUAAGU